AUGGGCAGUAGCUUGCAGCAGCAGCAGCAGCAGCAGCAAGCUCCUUGGCUUGCAGACUUUCUUAAGGAGGUGUGGGGGUCUGUUGGGAAAGAAUCCUCCGAAGCCUACACUAUCAGUGAGCAGGAGCAGAGAAUGAAGAGGUUGGAGAAGCUCAAAAGGGAUCUUGAGGUGAUGAAUAACGAGAGAGAUGAACUCCCGGGAAUCCUGGCACUUUAUACUAACAAGGAUUUGAACGACAGGAUCAACUUUGAGACCAUGAUGCUCGAGAUGCAACAUGACCAGGUGAUGACCGAUCUCAAGAAAAUUCCUCAGGAGAUCAGUGAGGCCAUGGACAAGUGCAAGGAGCUGACUAAAGAAAAUCAAUGUUACUGCAUCAGCAACUGUCACCUCCUGACAGAGUCUCUUCAUAUGAAGAACCAAGUAAAAAUUCUGUGGAAUGAGAACAGGCAGCUGCUAAGGGAGCAGAUUGCACUGGAAGAGUGUUCUAAGGAAACAAAGAGGCUAUGUGUGGAGGCCAGCAUCAAGAUAUACGACAAAUAUACCAAGCAACAGCACCAGCAGUUGUUCAUUUCCGUGAUCAUUUACAAGAUUUUCUAUGGACUUAGCCUCUUUCAAGAAACUGGAUGA